UCUUAGUUGGUUGGAAAAUCUCUUCUUUUUUUUCGUUUUGCGUGUAUAUUUAGUUAGACGAGUAAUGGAUACACUGUGUCUCUAGUUAGUCUCGCAAACGACGACGACGACGACGUAGCGUACCGCGUGCGGCGGAGACGAGCUUCAUAUGCGGAGGAGAUACAGGAAAAACAUUAAAACAAAAACAAUCACAGUUUGGUCAUUUGUAUCAUUUUGUGUCGAGCCUUUGACCUAAAGAGUUGCCAAGAAAAAUAUUUUCCUUAAAAAAAUAAUUAAUUAAAAAAAAAUUUUAAAAAAAAUUAAACACAACAAAAAAAGACCGCAGAAAAAUGUUGGAUAACAAGCCGCUCGAAUACACAAAGUUGCUGCCCACGCAUCACGAUGCCGUGCUGGAGCAUCUGAGGAACACAUUUUUCGCCGACGAGCCCCUCAACAAGGGCACAAAGUUGUGUCAGCGCGGCGAAGGGCAUCCCGAACUCGAAAAAGUCGUGAGUGAUACGUUGCAAGACGACAUCAGCAUUGUGGCGGUGACAAAAGAUGGCGAUAUCGCAGGCGUCGUGCUCAAUGGAUGGUUGCACAAAGGCGAAGUCGAGGAAUCGCGUCAAAAACUCAAAAAUUGCAAAGACGAACGUUUCCGGACAAUUUUUACGUUGCUGUACGACGAAAAUCUCAAAGUUGAUUUGUUCAGUCAAUUUGGCGUCGAGAAGAUGUUUGAAGUCAGAAUACUUUCCGUUGACUCGAGGUUCCGUGGACAAGGCAUCGCAAAACGUUUAUUUGAAGAAAGCGAAAAACUCGCGAGAGAAUUAAACUCAAAGGUCAUCAAAGCUGACUGCACAGGCCUCUUUUCCCAAAAAAUCACGGCAUCCCUGAACUACACGGUGUGUCACGAGAAAUAUUACGACAAAUAUUUGAAUGAUCAAGGCGAACGAAUAAUUCCCGUGGAACAACCGCACGAAAAGUUGCAAGUCAAGUACAAGUUACUUCAGUAAUUUUUCAUUCAGAAGAACUCUCUCGUUGUUGUGCCAUCAAGCAAGUAGUUUAAGGGCACAUGGCAUUUAAAAAUUCGAAGAAGAUCGAUUGAUGUUGUUCAAAAAAAAAAAAGUUUAAUAAAUGUCUAGGAGCUUUCAGUAAAUUAAAAAAAAAAACGGACAUAAAUGUGAGAAAAUUUAAUGUUAAUGACAAAUUUUUAGAGGUUGCACACAAAAAAAAAUGUCGAUGUUAGUUUUAUUUAUUUUGCGUCUUUUGAAGUCUUUGAAAAAGCAAUCUAUUUAAAUAUUUACAAAAAAAAAAAUAUUUCUAGUUGGUUGUUCGUUAGAAAACAAAAAAAUAUUAAACGGCACUAUUUUGAUCUAAUUUUUGUUUCGUUGAAUAAGUUGAAAGACGUUAGUUGAUAAAAUUAAAUAAUAUUGUUAGAAAUGUAAGAAUACAAAGAAAAAUUAGA